GGAAAUACCAAAAAACCUGCAAAUCCCACAAGAUGGCUGCAACUUCCGCUGAGUCUUUCUUUCUUGAAAACGUGAAGAAUACUUGCACUCCGCUAUGAAGUUCAACAAGCAUGUGUCGUCGUCGCGGAGGAAGAACCGCAAGAGGCACUUCUCGGCCCCCUCCCAUAUCCGUAGGAAGCUGAUGUCGGCACCUCUGUCCAAGGAACUCCGGCAGAAGUACAAUGUCCGCACAAUGCCAAUCCGAAAGGACGACGAAGUCCAGGUAGUGAGGGGCCACUACAAGGGUAACCAGGUGGGCAAAGUGGUUCAGGUGUACAGGAAAAAAUUUGUCGUGUACAUCGAACGAAUCCAGAGGGAGAAGGCAAACGGAACGAAUGUGUACGUUGGCAUCCAUCCCUCCAAAUGCCUCAUCGUUAAGCUAAAGAUGGACAAGGAUCGCAAGAAGAUCCUCGACAGAAGAGCAAAGGGACGUCUGGCUGCUUUGGGCAAGGACAAGGGCAAGUACACCGAAGAGAGUGCUGCUGCAUCUGCCACAGCCAUGGAUACAUCUUAAAUGUCCAGGUCAGAUGAUUAAAAUAAAGAGACAGACAUGUGAGAGAGUAUCAAAAA